AUGGGCUGUGUUGAUGUCCCUCAGAGCAAGAAGUGUGUAGAAGAGGCAAUUGAAGGUGGCAAGAGAAUCAGCAACAUACCUGUCAACAUGAUCUAUACAACUGCACUGAUUCUUGCACAGAUGACUGCCAUGCUUUCCAUGACACAGCACCGUCUUAAAAAGAGCAAGAAGGGUGUAGAAGAGGCAAUUGAAGGUGGCAAGAGAAUCAGCAACAUACCUGUCGACAUGAUCUAUACAACUGCACUGAUUACAGAUGACUGCCAUGCUUUCCAUGACACAACACCAUCGUAA